UUUUUCCGUGCAAGACGUUGCAACUCGGGGCAGAGACCACAGAAGUCCACAGUUACACUGAGCAGGGACAAACAUGGCGAGAAGCUCGGAUUAUGGAGCUUUCAUGGAGAAAUUUGAGCUCAAACCUACUUCUUCAUCUCCUGAAUUUCCCUUAAAUGGUCUCACCUUUGCCGUUAAAGAUAUUUUCGAUGUGGAUGGAUUGGUGACUGGGUUUGGCAAUCCGGAUUGGGCGAGGACCCAUUCAGCUGCUACCUCUACUGCUCCGGCUGUUUUGGCUAUCUUGAGAGGAGGAGCUACAUGUGUUGGUAAAACAGUCAUGGAUGAAAUGGCAUAUAGCUCAGAACUCGAGAACCAGAGGGAUUUUUAUGCAGCUGUUGUUUACCCAGAGGGAUUUUUUUUAAUUGGGAAACAUACCGCAGAUGAAUUGAAUAAGAACAGCAAGCUGACUCUUGUCCAUGAAACCCCAUGAGAGGCUUCUAAAGUAGUAGCCUCUUUGGAAAAAACGAUAGGAGUGUUCUUCUUCCUCUUAAAAGCAGUGCGUCUCUUCAUCAAUCCACACCAUUUACAAUCAUGCUUUGAAUUAUUGGGAGCAGAGCAGGAGGAGGAAGACGACGAUAUUACGAUCACAGAGGAGGAGGAUGUGGAGGAGAUCACCACCACAGAGAUGACGGGCGCCAUUUUUGAAGUAAAGCAAAGUAACCUUGUGACAGA